CUCGUUUCGUGAGUGUGGCAACACUGAAGUUGGAUUUAUAUAAACAAAACACAAAUCCGCGUUUCUGUCGCUAUUUAAUCAAAUAAAAACUACGAAAUGUCGUUUACCAUAAUGCAGAAACUGUCGCUACAGUGUCUCAAAGCGGAUCAGCCACUGAUAACCACCAUACGUAAUGCCAGCAAGAAGACCGGCGGCAGCACCCGGAACAAGAAAGGGCAUCCCAGACCAAAGCAUCGCGGAUGGCGUGUGAUGGACGGACACAUUGUCUCGCAAGGCACAAUAUUGGCCACACAGCUGACAACGCGCUUCCAUCCCGGCCUGAAUGUUGGCUUUGGUCGCAAUGGCACGUUGUUUGCCAUGGAACACGGCAAAGUGUACGUGACCUGCGAGACAAUUGAUCCAAAUUGGGAUCAUUCUUGGGUGCAGAGAAACUAUGCGGGACGACAGGACCAAACCAUCUAUAAGAAGUUUUUCAAUGUUAUUCCCGAGAAGCAGCAUCAGCGCUUUCGCUUAGUGGAUGAAAUUUAAAAUGUCAUAAAUGAAUUUUUA